AUGGCUGAGAUGUUCAGUCGACUCCCUCCCCCUUUCUGGGGGUCCGAACCCCUUACGAUAUGGAGUACUGACCACACCGAGGGACAAGCCCUGAAGCGAAGGACAGGAACAAGCGGAAUCAAUGUGUUCCAAUUUCUGGCCUUGCACCGACCAUCUAAUGGACCAUGGACUAAAUGGCCACUGCCUGAAAGGACUAUGUCCCGUGGACCGCCGCCCCCCCCACAAGGGAAUACUCUAACCCUGGGAACCGGGGCCUGGCCAAAGUCCAGGGUGGCUCAAAGUUCGAUCAAGGAGAUCCCUGUCCUGUGCCCUAUUCACUAA